GUAGCUAUUCGUUGUUCGCUUCUUUACCGAUACCGUUUAGAGAUUACUUUCGGGAAGUGUGCGUGAUGCGUUGAAAGUAAAUUAAUAUAACAAUAAAAUGUAAACUUUACAGAAAAUAGAAAUGGGUCGAUCAAAAUUUCCUGGAAAACCCUCGAAACAUAUACAUAGAAAGAGGGUAAAUGUUCUUCCACCUACAGGAGAAAUAACAAAUAUUGAAUGCAGCAGUUCAGUGACAGUUGAUUCUGUUGUAGAAAACAAACAGGAUGAAGAUUUGACUGAAAGUGAUAGUGAAAGUGUACCUACAGCAAAUACUGUAAACAAAAAUGUUUCAAUCAGAAGAAGACUGACUAGGAAGCUGCAAACUUCUUUAAGAAGUAAAAAUGUAAACACCAGAAGUUUGCUAUCGAAAAUGUGCACUAAAACUUCCGUGAAAUCGAAAUUAAACAAAGGUACAAGAACGAGUUUAACUAGAAAAGGUGUACACAGCUAUAACGCAUCUUGCCGAGAGACCACGAAUUUAGUUGGUAAAUUCGUUUUACCCACAAGAAGUGUACAUUCAUCUCGAGUAAUAAAACCGAAUAAAAGGUUCAUCAGUGAUAUAGAUAAUGCCGUUACUUUAAAGAAGAAGGUAGCCAUUGUAAAAAGGCAUUGUGGUAAAUUGGAAGAUGACAAAUCUAAAUUACCAUCAAAAUUCAUAGAAUCUGGCAGCUUUAAUAGUGAUAAUGAUAAAACAACUUUUACAAAUGGACAUAGAGUAGUGUUACGGCAAGCCAGGCUCAAGUUGCCCAACCAGAUUGGACUGCAAGGGCCCUUCUCAACAAAGCCUAAUUCAUCACCAGGUGCUGUCACUUGUGGCGUGUGUGGAGCUGUAAGAUUUUACAGGUUCCUGAAACAAGCCAGAAAAUUCAACAUCUACAGCUGUGAAUCAUGUAGAAAAUUCAUAGCAAAAAUGAUAAAGCGCCAGGCAUGUGGAAACAAAAGCAAUCAAAUAACUUUGAAUUGCAAUAAAGGCCAAGGGACAUGUCACAUGUCUUCUGUUGUAAGAAACCAACAACAAUGGAAGCUAACCAAAUGCCCUUAUAGGGCCAGAUGUCCGGCGUGUUGGCUGAAAAUGUGCCUUAGAGCAUUCCACAUACCCCCAUCGUUGAAGCAAGGUCUAAUUCUCAUGUUACCGAAAAAUAUGCAAGGUUCUGGACAUCGCUUUGAGUAACCCUCAACCGACGUCAUUGUGGCAGGCGAAUGUGGAAACAAAAUUAGUUAUAGAUCAGCCUCAAGAGACAACGACUCCAAAACAACGACCUGUAAGGUUCAAAAAUCCUAAAGCUCAAUCCGCACCUACCCUUCCCGUUCCAAAUUCCGACAUAAAAAGGCAAAAAAUAGAUCUAAAGGGACCUAGAGUGAAGCAUGUGUGCCGCAGUGCGUCUAUAGUAUUAGGUCAGCCAUUAGCGACUUUUCCUGAAGGGGAAAAGGAGAAGAAAUGUGAUAACCAGGAACAAGUAAUUGAUAUUAAAGUAGCUGAAGAAAAGACAGCCAGUGAUAAAAUCGUUAGUGAAGUUAAAGUGACUAUUCCUAAAAGCGACUCAAUAUCUAGUGAACCAGAAUCGAGUUGCAGUGAUAGGACUUCCAAAAUCUCAAGUAGUGAUUCUGUGGAAUUUACAAGCAAGAGAGAGAAACUCUAUAGGCAUCCUUCUUCCAUUUUACAGAGCUAUAUAGAGCCCAAAAUACCAGAGAGGAAAAAGAAUCUAAUAGAUCCCCAAUUCGGCAUUCUAAUAGACUUCUGGGAUGGGUAUGAUCCAGAAAUAGUUUGCCAGAACGGGUUCUGCAUAAUAGGAUCUGAGCAAUUCACCAUGUCGGCGAUAUGCUUUCUUUGUGGAAGUGCCGGGAAGGAGACCAUGCUCUACUGCUCCCUUUGUUGUGAGCCUUAUCAUUCGUUUUGCUUAGAGCAAGCCCAAACUCUACCUAUAGAUAGAGGGGACCAAUAUUAUACUUGGAUUUGUCCGAGGUGUACUACUUGCUGCGAGUGUAAUAAGGUCGAUAGGAACAAAGUUAGCUGUCAGAAGUGCUUAAAAGCUUACCAUCCUGAAUGCUUUAAUAACAAAUGGAAUAGUGAUGACAAACCUACAGUUUGUUCGAAAUGUCUGAAAUGUAAAAGUUGCGGCAGUUCAAAUAUAACGAAAUUCGUCGGAAAUCUACCGUUAUGCAUAACUUGUUUUAAACUGAGGAAAAAAGGAAAUUUUUGUUCAAUUUGUCAGCACUGUUAUGACGACAACGAAUGCUGUUCGAAGAUGAUGGAAUGCUCGAAAUGUUGCAAAUGGGUACAUGCGAAAUGCGAACAUUUAACUGAGGAACAGUAUCAAAUAUUAAGUGUACUUCCCGAAUCCGUAGAAUAUAUAUGUCCUUCUUGUUGCAAAAUUCCAUCACCCUAUUGGCGUAAAGCCAUCAAUAAUGAAAUGAAAUCGAGUUUCAACCAAAUAUUACGCCUCCUCAGCAAAAACAAGACGGCCAGGAAUUUAUUAAAGUGGAGCCCUCUGAAUAGCGCCGUGCCAUCAAAUAAAGCCAUCACUAAUGUGAGGAAACUUCAGUUUACCGACGAUACCGAUUUAGACAAUAAUAAUUACAGUAAAGAACUGGUUGAUAUUAAUAAAAUUUACUCGUUCGAAGAGAACGAGAAAUAUGAAGCGAGUUUGAGUAAAGUUUCCAACACGCUUUCCGUGGUAGACGUCAAAAACAAAUUAAUCUCAAACGAAUACAGCUCUAUUAAGGAAUUCAACAAAGAAAUCGAAGAAUCCUUGAAAUCGACCAAAUCCGAGCAACUGUUGAAGAUCUACCAGACGAUAUUUCACGACGUGUUUCCCUGGUACCAACAAUCCUCCAGCGACGAGUUUUCAGAAGUGCUAGAAAUAGAUCCUAACGACGAGGCUACAGAUGUGACUUCAAUUGAAGACAAACCAUACUUCAACGUAUCAUCUCUGAUCGUAGAUACGAGAUUUUGUGGGUUUUGCAAAGGCGUCGGAGACGGUUUGAGUCAUUUGGAAUCCAGACUUCUGUAUUGUGGUCUAAAUGAAUGGGUGCAUGCAAAUUGCGCGUUAUGGUCUUCAGAGGUGUAUGAAGAAAUCGACGGGUCGUUGCAGAACGUCCAAAAUGCUUUAAACAGGGGUCGUAUGAUACGUUGCGCCCAAUGCAAACAAAAAGGCGCCAGCGUUGGAUGUUGCUAUAAAGGUUGCCACGAAACUUUUCAUUUUCCUUGCGCUAGAACUGCCGAUAUGAAGUUCAUGUACGAUAAAACGUUAUACUGUUCCACCCACGAUCUACCGAGGAAAAGCCAUCUCAUUACUAAUAACAAAGAUUUCGAUAUCGAUAGAUCUGUCUUUGUAGAGCUGGAUCAGAAGAAGAAAAAAUACUCGGAAAUAGAUAAGGCUACGUAUAUGAUAGGAUCGCUGUGCGUGAAGAAUUUAGGUAAAAUAGAUCCAAUAGUGUCUGAUACAGCAGAAGUUUUAAUACCAGUGGGCUUCGUUUGUACUAGAAUGUUUUGGUCUACCAUAGAACCUUGGAAGUUAGUACCGUACACAAUGACGACGUCGAUAAAAAAUUGCAACAGCAAUACUCUAGUUAUUGAUAAAAAUUUCACUAUCGAUCACUCGUUGAACAAACAUGCUGUUGAUAAAAUAAUGCGGGAAAUUAUCGUUUGGCAGCGGGAAUUGGAUAGAAAAGUUUCCGAUACAGACUCUGAAGAUGAUGAAGAACAACAAAAUGGUGCUGAUAUUCUCUCCCCAGAACUAACCGAUGCUAUUCUAGAAGAAUUACCGCAUGAUCUCCUUGAUGGUAUAUCCGUUCAGGAUAUUUUUCCAAAAUUUUCCUACGACGAUCUAGUUGAUUACAAAACUGAUAUAAACAACGCCGAAGAUUACAAGAAAUCGGACUUAUUAGAAGACGAAGUAGAUAUGAACAAAGAUUUAAGGAAAAACAAAUUAGACCCAAAGAUCCGUCCUAGUCCUAAAACUUGUAGUUUAACGCUGAGUUGUAAACUUGACAGUGCUCUAUCGCCUGCAAUAAAGAAACGCAAAAUGGCCGCUGCUAGAGAAAGCAACGUCAUCUACCAGUUACUGCAAGUCGAUGGUAAUUUAGACGACAGUAGUUCCAGUGAAUGUGGUUCUCCAACCGGCUUAACAUCAACCAAUCCUUGGGGAACUUAUAUUUCAGAAGAACCGGUGACUUGUGAUAAGUGCCAAUCUACUUACAGGACGCAAGCAAGUUAUAAAAGACAUUUAGAGUCCUGCGAGAUGCUUUGUACUAGUGAAAGUGAUUCAGAAAUGAAUACUGAUCAAGAGAUGGUGGCUACUUAUAUGAACCCUAGCACUGCAAUGAUUGAUAACCAGGUGGUUGUAGAUGUGACUGAACCCGUUGUUAUUUCAUCUUUCGAAUCCUACCAAAGUGAAAUACACACUUCGGUACUCAAUACCCAAAGUUUCGUCGCUUCCAAGUCUACUUCUGAAGUGGUUAGUGUCCCUCAACACUCAGAAAUGAUGAUUCCAAAUAUAAAUCAUUCUGUUGAACAAAAAUCUUUGCUGCAUACGUUACCUGUUAACUCAGUAACACCGAUUACUAUAGAAAACUCUCAUCAUCAUUCAGAACAAACUUAUUCCAUAAACCAGCCCAUGAUGAGCGAUCCGUCUAUGUCGAUACACUCGAAUCAUCAACCUCAGUUUUGCGUAAAUCAAACCGUGCCAUUGUGUGUAAACCAACCUAUUACUUUACAACAAAACAGUAUUCAAGUUAAUCCUACCUCAACCUACUCCGGUAACCAAGUAUUAUCGAUUAAUCCGAGUGGGUCAAUUUCUAUAAACCCAGUUCAAACUAGCAAUUCUCUAACACUGAAUCAAAUCAAUCAUCAAGCUCCUAUUCAGCAGCCCUUAGAUUUCCAUCAAGCACAGUCUGUAACCAUCCAGUCAGUUCCUUAUAAUAACACUAUUCUAAAUGUAGGAUCUCAAAAUCAGUUUACUUUGAACGGUAAACUGCUAACAAAUCCAGUAUUACAAGCUGUCAAUGUACCAGGAACGCAGUGGGUAAAACAUAUUUCCAAACCAACUCUACUAGCUCAAAAGACUCUUAAAACGAAGGCUCGAAGUAGAACCUUGGCUGCUAAAAGAUCUCACUACGAAGAAGAAACUAUUAUUCUUCCAACACAUGGUUCAUCGGGUCAAGUAAUAAUGCAACACUUACCGUCCUCAAAUUAUGUUCCAACUUUUGUCGAUGCAUUUCAGCAACAGGGACAAAAUGUCCAAUACGUCGCUACUCUUGCACCACAAGUGAACACUGUACCUGCUCAGUCCAUAGUACAAAUCCAGCCAGAGAACAAUAUAAUCAGCAUAGUUCCCGGUUUGCAGCAAACAAUGUAUAUACAACAACCCAGAGUUGAGAAUCAACUAGUCAUGGACAGUAACGGCACAUUAGGUUGGUCACAACAACAAACUGUCCAACCUGUGUAUUACGGUUUUGAAACCAUUGUUCAGAACACUGUGAUGCAAUCUCAACAGUUCCUACCUACAACAAUGCCCGGUGUCCUUACAGCGAACAGCAGCUAUUCAACAACAACCCAAGUAUUUCAAACCAGUAAACUAGAACCAGUUCUCGAUGUAUCAUCUAAUAGUUACGUCCUAGUUAAUCCUGGACAGAUGGUAAAUUCUCAGCCUAUUGUUAAUUCACAACCAAUUGUAAAUUCUCAGCAAAUGGUGAGCUCUCAACCAAUAGUUAGCCAGCAGCAAUUGGUUAAUUCACAACCCAUAGUAAAUCACCAACCAGUGCUUAAUUCUCAGCCAAUUGUAAGCUCUCAGCCAGUAGUUAGUUCACAUUUACUUAACACGCAACCACCUGUACUACACACCAGUUCUAUUGAAUCCCCUCGGCCUCUCAGUAAUUCGGGGACUCUGAUUGUUAAUCAACAGCCUGCAGUUACUCAUUCACCUGUGAUAAUAAAUCCUGCAGAUCAAAUUCAACAUACUGUACCUAUAAAAGUGAAUACAGUUAAUAACGUGUUACCCCAGAAGCAGGAAAUCAAAACAUCACAACCUCAAGUCCAAAUGAAGCCACCACAACAUCAGCAGUUGAGUUACUCACAGCCAUCACAACAACCCCAGCAGUUGAGUUACUCACAGCCAUCACAACAACCCCAGCAGUUGAGUUACUCACAGCCAUCACAACCCCAGCAGUUGAGUUACUCUCAGACAUCACAUAAGCCGGUCACGCCUUUAAACACUCAUAGCAUCUCACUUCCUACUGCCCCUUUUGUUUCCGAGCAGAGGAUUCCUACUAACAUUGUAACUCCAAUUCCUAAACCUCCUACGUCGCUACCCAGCAGGCCGAUGAGCAGGGUGUUACCGAUGCCUACCAACAACACCAAAGAAUCGAAGAAGAGCAUCUUUGAUGAUGAGAAACUGUUUUUCCCUGAAGAGAAGAAGAAACCUAUUCUGGUGCAGAAAGUUCAUGAGAUUAAAGCCAACAACAAUUUAAAACCGUUAACGAAAACCUUAAGCAAAUUGGACCCCAAUAAAAAGAUAGAAAUCGUCGAGUCUAAGAUCAUCAGACCUGCUUUUACUCAUCUGUUGGCUGAGAAGAAACUCGAGCCGUUGAAGGAGGUGAAAAUUCAAAUUUUAACACCGGAGACUCCCGCACCUGUGGUCAAGAUAGAGAAGAUAGAACCAAUAAAAAUACAAACCGUUAUUCUGCCUAAAGCAGAACCAGUGGAAGAAAAGGCUGUUGAAAUCUCCAUACCGGAAGAUCCAAAAAUAGAUACUUCCUUGAAGCUGGUAUUUCAGAAACAAGGUCAAGAUGGUACUUACAAAAUUAGUACCAACUUCACUUCUAAACAGCCCAUACAAGUAGCUCCAUUAAAACCGAUAAAAUCUAAUUGUUAUCAACAAACUCAGCAGCCUGCUGUACUUGAAAAGCCAGUUAAACAAGAAAAACUGGCCGAAAAAGUCGAUAAAUUUGAAGAAGCUACAAAACCACAAGCGCCUAAGAAAGAUUCCGAAAAUUCUUCUUCUAUAUUGUACACUAUGGAAACUCAAGAUGGAUUUAAAUGUUCGUCAUCGUCGGUGUCAGAUCUUUGGUCCAAAGUUUUGGAUGCUGUACAGACAGCCCGUGCAGCCCACAAUAUGCCUCCCUUGCCAACCAACAACGGCAGCAUUUUGAACUCUAUCCAGAUCUUAGGGAUCAAAUCAAGCGGUUCUAAAUAUUUGAUAGAGCAAUUGCCGGGAGCUACGAAAUGCACUAAAUAUAACUCCGUGUUUAAUUUCCCACCCCAUCCCAGUGAAAUUGACAACGAUUUGACGCAAGAUCAUGUCCACGGGGCGAUACGGUGUGCGCCGUUUGAGAAUAAGAAUCACGAGCCUUUUGACAUGUUCGGUUGGUUAUCAUCUAAGCAUAGGCAACCUGAAGAGAUAUCUCUGGAUGCAUUGGAGUUGCUGCCAAGGAGAGUUGUAAAUUUACCAAUGGCUAUGAAGUUCCGGCAGUUGAAGCUUACUUCGAAAUAUUCGGUAGGAGUUUAUAGAUCUCUUAUACAUGGUAGAGGACUGUUUUGCCUUCGUGAUAUAGAAGCAGGAGAAAUGGUUAUAGAAUAUGCAGGAGAAGUAAUAAGGUCGAUUUUAACUGACAAAAGAGAAAAAUAUUACAAUUCCAAAGGGAUAGGAUGCUACAUGUUCCGCGUGGAUGAUAAUUGCGUAGUGGAUGCCACUAUGAGAGGAAAUGCAGCUAGAUUUAUCAACCACUCCUGUGACCCCAACUGCUAUUCAAGAGUGGUGGAAAUAUUGGGUCACAAGCACAUCAUCAUCUUCGCGCUGAGGAGAAUACUUAGUGGCGAAGAACUAACCUACGACUAUAAGUUCCCGUUCGAGGAGGACAAGAUUCCAUGUACGUGUGGAUCUCGGAAAUGCAGGAAGUUUUUGAACUGAUUCGCAAUGUGUAUCUAUAGAUGUAUAUUUGUCAUUGUAUUUAUACUGUAAAUAUCUCAAGACUUAUCAACUGAUUUUGUUUUUUAUAAAUCUAUUAUUUCCUGUGAUUUGGUAGAUGGAUAGGAUCAUAUGUAAAGUUUCCAAUAUUGUUCUAGGCUUCUUAUGGUCCUUUUUAUCUAUUAAAUUUUCGGCGGUAAUGUAUGAUUUAAAAAAAUAGGUCAUUUGAGUUUGUUCUUUUUUCAUGUAGCACCUAUAAUGGCCAUUUUAAAGAUUAAAUACAUUCGUAAAUUAUAUAAAUAAGUUUUUUGUAAAGUCAGUAUUCGAAACUAAAAAUUGUAAGCAUUUUGGCUGUGAGGAUAUAUAUGCAUUUCGUGCCAUUGGCUCCAUAGGUGCUAUAUAUAACUUUUGAUAAAAUAAUAUCAUGUGAUAUGUUGUGGAUAAAUUUGCGGAAAACGUUUUUCACUUUAUACAUUUUUCGAAGAAAAAAAGAACCUUGACUUUACCUGAUUUUUCUCCCAAGGACGCUUUUUUAUACACACAACUUUGACGAAAGGGGAAAAGUCUCUGGAAAAAAUGGUUUUUUUUUGUGUACAUUGUAUAUAAAAUUUUAUUUUCUUACUGGAUACUGCACUGUAUUUUUGGUUCUUCAUCAAUUAAUUCGUCCACUGUUAUUUUAGACUUUGAUUUUUCUAGAAAUCCUAAAAUAUAUCUAUAAAGUUUAAUAAUAAACAAUUUCCAAUUCUUGACAAGCAUUUAUGCUCUUAUUUUUUACAAUUUUACUUUCCUAGUAACCACUUGUCAAUCGAGAGUUACAAAUACAUUUUCUGAAGGAAAAACUUUGAUUCUAACAUUUAGAACGUUGUUGUAUUGUUUUGACUAAACUUUAUUGCUUACAGUUGUAUUUAAGGAAUCGAAGAGCACAUUUUGGUCUAAAAUAAAAGUGGAUACUUGACAUAAAACGAGCAUGGAUAAUUUGGUGAAAAUAUCGUGACGUGUCCAGUAAAUCUACCAAAUUAAUUAAUGUAUUAUACCACAUUGCAAAAUAACUAUUAUGAUUGAUUUUCUAAAGUAUUUUUAUUUUGGAAACUUCAAUUGUGAAUUUGUCUAACAUUAAGUUUCGGAAACCAUAAACUUUUCAUUGAUCUCAUUUUUUAAAACUUUAUACUCAGCAAUGUAAGGUUUAUGGGGGCGUUUUAAUUUUUUUUUACUUUUUUUUGUAUACAUAAAUGAAUAUAUUUUGUAAAAAAAGAAGAAAAAUAGCAUUUUAUAACAAAAAAAAAAUAUAUUUUUAGCCUUUUAAGAAUUCCUGCCUUUAUUUGCUGUUUUAAUUGAAAGUGUAUUUGGACGAUUGAAUCCUAGACACUUUCUGAUUUUAUUGACAAAAUAAUUAAUAAGCACCAAAAAUGGGUCUGUCUAGAUUCACUGGUCAAGUUACCAAAAUAAAAAUUACAUCUCUGAAGGUUUUUCAAUAAAUUACGGACAAAAUGAAACGGAAUCUCAUUCAAAAAAUAAUCCCGGAUAUCUACUUAAAAAUCUGAGUUUGGAGUGAAAUUUUGAAAUAUUUUCAUUUUAUUAUCUACAGGAAGGAUGUUUAAAGGUUGAAUCAAGGCUCAAUCCCCUUUUUCAAUAUCUACUUAAAAAAAAACCACCUGUAAAAAGCACAUCUAUUAACGGAUCUGAAAAUAUAUUUUUUUAUAUAUAUACAAUCAAAUUUUUUUAUUUUUCUUGUGAGUAAAAGUGUUCUUAAAAAUUUAAUUACAGAACAACGUGGCUUGUAUUAAUUUUAAUUAUUAUUUUUGAUUUAUACUCGGUUGAGUGGGGCAUCCACAAGCUAGACUUCGCCUAAGAUUUACAAAUAAACUAUUAUUAUUAGAAAAUGUUGAUUGAAAUUAAAAAUGUGUGGCCUUCUAAUAAUUAGUACAUUUAAGGUAAAAAAAUAUAUGUUCUGUGCCCUAUCAGGUGAAUGUAUGAGUAUAGCCUGUUACUUGAUAAAAUUUUAAUUUUUUUUGGAUCCUUAAUAAACGUUUGCCUUCUUUGAAAAAUCAUAGUAUGUCUUGAAAAUACAAAAUUGUGUCAAGCUACACUGUUGGCAGCAUAUGGAUUACCUUUUAUUAGUAAUUUUAGGAAAAAAGUUAUUCUUUAUAAAAAGUUGUGCAAGAUUUGGUUGCAUUUUAAGUUUUAGACCAUGUACAAUUUUUUAUGAAGAAUAAAUUGUUUUUCCUAAAAUUAAUAAUAAAAAAGUUUUCUAUAUGACGCCAACUUACGUAGACACACUGUGUACAAUGUUUCCAAACUCCUUGUCAAUCUUUCACAAAACUCCAAAAUAAAAAUUUUUGCGAUUAUAAGUAACCACAGUAAAAUAACAAACUUCAUACAGUUAAACAGUACAAUUUGGUCAAUUUCUUUCUAUGCUUCGUCAUUCCAAGAACCUGAACUAUUCCUACUGGGUUGUGUUCGAUAAAUGGCUCUCAUACAGUUUACUCUCUGAAGAGUUUUUGAGAUCAACGUUUGUCAGAUGUCAGAGAAAUGACAAAAUUUUUGGAUUUUUAAAAAUUAUGGCAUGGUUUUAGGAUUUUUCUACAUUAAAGUAAUUAACCUAAUUGGAGAAGGUACAAUAAGAGCCUCAGUGCACUUUGGACCACACACUAUCACAUAACUAAUUGGGUAAAACCAAGAAGUCUCCUUGAAUAAAACCUGUAUACUUUUUUACUCACCGUGUUUAACGCCCAUAUGCACCGUUUUGAAAUUAAUCUCGUUUAAAUGACUAGUGGGUAUUUUCUAUGCACCGGCUAAGGAUUAGAUAAUCAAGUUAAGUAAUAAUCUGACAACACAGGAUUUUUAUAAAUUUCACAAAAAAAGAAAACUAUAGAUUUGAGUAGAAGAAAUGUAUGUCAAAGGAUAGAGGCCGUUGGAAGAUAAAGCCCUAUUUUUUAAAUGUACCAAAAUCGUAAACACACCGCAUAUCGAAUUUUACGCAGGAUAAAAAGAAUGUCAAAUAAAUUUAAAAAAUAAUUCUAUGGUUGGAUGGCAAAAUCAAUAACAUUUUUGGCAAUUAACAUAAUUACAUACAAAUUGCUGUUUUUCAAGCUUUUCUAUGCAAAAUGAUAUACCUGUGAAUACUUCCCUAUACUUUGCAUGUUCAAAACUAGAUAUGGCAUAUUUUCAGUAUUUAAAAGUGGACAAUAUUACAUAAAUAAUAUAUGUAUUUCUUAUUUUUACCUUUUUCAACAUAUUUGGAUUUGCCAUCUAACAUCUACAGAAUUAUGUUGUAACGUUAGAACAUAAAAAACUUAAAAAUUACAAAAUUGUCCAUUGUAUAAAAAUAUUCAUUUCUUUCGUAAUGUUGGCUAGAAUAUUUGUCACCUUCCAGGAAAAGCUGGUAUUAUAUUUCCGUUUUUUAAUAAAAUUCAAAUAAAAUAAAUACAAGAGACACAAAUAGAAAGUUCCAAAUACACUGACAAGCCACUGACAUCUUUUUGACGUUAGAAAAUCUCGUUUAAAUAAUUUAAUCCUCCGAUAUUGAUGGAUUAGAAUAAAAUAGAAUUAAGAAUGAUUUUUAUUACGGUGCAUAGCUAAAAAUAGUACUAAACCCGAUUAAACUCUUAAUCUAGAUUCAACGUGUACGGUGCAUAAGGGCGUUAAUCUAUAAAUUAAGUCUUUGUCCUGUUCAUUUAGUUUAACAAUUUGUCCAUUUAUUUCGAACAAUAAAUGCUCUUCUGUUGUAGGUUGAUGCAUUAUUUAAUAAUACAUUUAAUUCCACAAAAUUAUCAUAACACAAAAGAACCAUGGAGGAAGAAGGAUAAAAAAACUCACUGCUUCUGGCACACUGUAAUAGUAACCGGCCACAAUUCCUGAAUUUUGCGAUCGGUGUUCUUGUUCCGUGUUCCUUUUUUAAAAUUAUAUCACAUAAUUGCCGCGUUUGAAUAUCCACAUCGGAUGCAUCUGAGAUGUAGUAAAUUUUUGAUCACGUGAUUCAGUAUACGUAAAUGUAGUAUGACAGAUGUGUCUGAUGUGGAUAAACAAACGCUCGAGAUGUAAAAAAUGCAUCGGAUGUGGAUUUUCAAACGCGGCAAUAAUCUCAUUGCGCAAGACGAGUAAAAUCUACCUUGCUAUUUUGUUGGGUUACGGAUGUCCAAAACUUCAAUUUUUCGAACGCUUACUUAAUGAACCUAAAUUAGUUACUCGAUAAUAAUCGAACGAUGAAAGAGUAAAAUGUACUCUGAGAGUAACUUAUCGAACACAACCCUGGCUGUAAAAUAUUGUUUCAUCUAACUGUUAAUAUUAAUUACAUGGCCAAUAAAAAUCCUAUUAUUAUUUUGGACUAGUGAAAAAUGGCAUCCCUAUUUGGUAACGCCCUGUAUAAAUAUAUAUAUAAAAAAAGAUUGGUUAAUAAAUGUGCAUUUUACAGGGGUGUAUAUUUUUAUAUUCCAUCGAUUAUCAAUCAAAAACAUUAAUGUCUUGAUAUUUUCUAAAUUUGUGUUCGCUUUGUCCUCAGUUUUUGCAAAUUCCUGAUGUGAAAACCGCAUGCACGUGUACAUUAAAAUCAGAAUUAAAAAACAAACAAGAUAUUUAUAUAAAUGUAGAAACUAUAUGGAACUAUCUGAAUGACAAUAUUAACAUAUCAAUACUAUUAUGAGUAGAAUAUGAAGCAUUCUACAGCGUGAUAAGAGGCCUUGUAAAUGUAAAUACAUCACUAUAUGGAUUGAUUUUUCCAGUGUCUUAAAAUAAUGAAUUUUAAUAAAACUAAUCAUACCCUAUCUGGUGCUUACUACUUGUAUUUUAAUUUCAGCAGCUGUGCUAUAAACAUGUAUUUACUUUUGUCAAUAAAAAUUACGAAACA